AUGCCUCCCACUGACGACUCCUCUCUGCGCAAACGCACCAUCUCUGAGAAAGCCGCGUCCGGACCCUCUUCCGCGUCCCCGGCUCCGUCCGCAGCACACACCUCGACGUCGCCCAAGCGCUCUUUCACGCCCUUCCUCCUCCUGGUCUCGCUUGCGCUCUCGGGAUACUAUGCCUACUCGAACUCCUGGUUUGACAGUGUUGAAGCCCUCACCGAGUCCUACGCCCUCUGCACCCGCGACGGCGCGCACAUCCAUACCCUGGAUCCCGAAAACCCCCGCGUCGAAUGCCUCGUCGUGAAUGGGUCCAAGUUUACCUCCGUCGGAUCAUUGGAUCACGUCUUAUCGAACUGGCACGCCUCGACCCCGGGCCAGCCCCACGUGCGUUUCCUCAAGCCCGGCCAGAUUGUGGUCCCCGGUUUGAGCGACUCGCAUGCACACGUACUCGAGUACGGUGCGACGAAGCAAAUGCCCCUCGAGGGCACCAAAACCGUAGCAGAAACCGUUGCGCGCGUGCGUGCCUAUAUCGAGGCCGACCCAGAAAUCUUCGAGGAUAAGACAAAGUACGUCGAGGGCUGGGGGUGGGACCACACGAAGUGGCUGCUCGAAGAAUGGCCCACCUACAACGCCCUCGAGGCAGACCCUAUCGUGGCCGGCCGCCCUGUCGUUCUCCAGAGCAAGGACGGCCACAUGCUCUGGGUGUCCCAGGCGGUACUGCGCUCAAUAGAGCCUCUUCCUACCGAAGUCGAAGGCGGCGUCAUUGUGCGCGAUUCGUUCGGCAAGCCCACCGGCGUCUUCCUCGACAACGCCCAGGACCUCGUCAUCCGCCCCGAGCCGACAUACAAACAGCUCCAAAAGCGGUUCGCUGCCACCGUAAAAGACGCACAUGAGCGCGGUCUUACCGCGGUACACGACGCUGGCUUCAACCCGCUCUCGCUCGAGUUCUUCCGGAGGGAAGCCCAAUCAACGACGCUCCCGAUUCGCGUCUACGGCAUGAAAUAUUUCGAUGAGACGGCCGCCUACUGGGGCGACUCAUUCGAGAAGAUCGUCCUCGCGGGGAACAACCGCUUGAGCGUGCGCAGCGUCAAAAUAUUCGCAGACGGCGCUCUCAGGUCCGGCGGUGCUGCACUCUAUGAACCAUACGCGGACAACCCGGAGACGCGGGGCUUUAUGCGCAUCGCCCCCGAGACGCUCAACGAGGUCAUUCCCAAAUUUAUGAAGGACGGAUGGCAAGUCAACGUGCAUGCCAUCGGUGACCGCGCCAAUGGCGUCGUGCUUGACGCGUUCGAAGCCGCGCUAGCCGAGGCGAACGUUACGGCGCUGCGCCCACGGCUGGAACAUGCGCAAAUUCUUGCGCAGAAGGAUAUGGCCCGCUUUGGCGACCUCGGUGUCAUCGCGAGCGUUCAACCGACACACGCCAUUAGCGACAUGUGGUUUGCCGAGGACCGUCUCGGCCCCGAGCGCGUCAAGGGCCUGUACGCGUUCCGGAGCAUCAUUGACCACGGCGCGCGCAUCACGCUCGGCUCAGACUUUCCCGUCGAGGACAUGAACCCGCUCGCUGGCUUCUACGCCGCCAUCACUCGCGUCUCGCCCGACGGCACGUCCCCGCAUGGGCCUGGCGGAUGGUUCCCCGAGCAGCGCAUGACGCGCGAGGAGGCGCUGAAGGGCAUGACGCUCGACCCCGCGUACGCGUCCUUCACCGAGGACAUCCUCGGCUCGAUCACGCGCGGGAAGUUCGCGGACUUUGUCGUGCUCUCGCAGGACAUCAUGCACAUCCCCGCGCCGCGCGUGCUCGAGACGCGUGUCGUCGCGACCGUCAUGGACGGUAAACCCGUGUUCGGUACGAUUUAGGUGCGCGUGGUGUGAAGGAGAGAUGAAGAACGGAUAAGUGCACGGACAUGCGGCGGGUUUAUACCGCUCCUUUGCGCGAUUUAUAUACCGUUGUCUGAUGAAGGAUCGUGUACAUUACUCACCAACGGGCUCGUGUUGCGCCGACGUUGUGUAUCCAGCAGAGCUCUGGCACUGCUCCAAACUCGUCUCGCUGGUACACCAUCCCUCGCGAGCUUACGGCGCCGAUACUCGCUGGGUCUAGUUGCAGACGCACACGUGUC